AUGAAGGAAACAAGAUUAAAUUCCGACCCCCCGUGCAUUUCUGCAGUUAAAGCACCUUACCAAGAUCUGUGCUUUUUGAAAACUAUGAGAGCUUAUGAAAAAAUUGAUAAAAAUACAUCAAAAGCAAUGUUGAAGAAGUUUACUCAGCAUUUAUGGUAUUUGACCGAGGAAGUAUCUGUGUUAUCGCUUUUUACGAUGAGACUCAAGACUUUCACGGAAGAAGAACAAAAGCAAUUUUUGUUACGUUGUGUACAAGAACACCGUAAAAUUUACCCUGAUUGCAAAAAGAAAACUUUAAAACGAAAGUAUAUAGAAAGGCGUUAAUACAUAAAAAUAUCAUUAAAUACUAUUUUUUCAUAAAAUUAUUGAUUGUUUUCUUUACGAAUCCUAAAUUAAGACUAAGUUACAUUUUUUUUCCAUACUAAUUCCUUAUUCACGACUUUGAAGUCAAGUCGGCACGUGAUGACAUUAAUGUAUUACUAUAAUAUAUAUUAUUUAGGCUUUUGAGGUCAAACCGAAUAAAUAUAAAGGGUAUGCGUAUCAGAUUUUGCAAAAAAAAAUUUUUCACUUAUAGCUUGGGACACUCUAAUAUACAUACAUUAAAAGUGAAAACCCCCCAUAAAGUACCUUUAAUUGUAUUAUGUUGUAUUUUACUAAAGUCUAUGGAUUAUUUCAUUACAAUUUUGAUGAAAUGAUGAAUGAAAAAAAAUAUAUUAUGUUUUG